AUGCGUCCCGGUCGUCACUUUGUCGACGACCCUCGAUGCGCGCGUGAGGACAUGACGAAACCGCGCGAAACGACGACGACGCGCGCGCGCGCGUCGUCGUCGUCGCGACCCGCGAUCGCGCUCGGUCGACCCGUGCGCGCGCACGUCGAACCGCCGCCGAGGACGCGCGCGGAGGCGCGAGACGGGACGCGAUUUCCGAGCGAAAAACUGACGCGAGAGCUGGUGAGACGAGGGUACGACGAAGAAAAGCAUCGCGAGUGGCGAAUCGCGCGGACGGUGAAGACGAUCGAUGGGAAGACGACGUUCGAUGACGGGACGUUUAUGUCGCCGCGAGCGCUGCAAGAGAUGUUGACGCGAAUGGCGACGAGCGAGACGCUGAAAGCGAUACGAGCGAAUGCGAACGAGGGGGCGAAGGAAACGCGCAGAGUGCCGAAACGAGGACGGAGAGAUGAUGGGAGUUACGACGUGGAGUUACGCGGGGAGGCGUUGAAGACGUGGAGCGCGCCCGAGUUGGUGCACGCGCGCGCGGAGGAGUCGGCGGCGUUUUUUCGGGAUUUGGCGAGCGACGUCGGAUUGCACGCGCUCGAGCGACGCGUGCCACACGGCGUGCGGAAGCGAAAUUUGUUUGAAACCUUGCAUGGGUACAACGUUCCGAUUCAUCGCGCGAUGUGGAUGGUGAAGGUGAACUAUCUAUCGCAGUGUAAACGAGAUUUUGACGCGUGUCGACGCGCGUGGACGGAGGACUUACUCGCGCACAUCUUCGAUGUAUUGCGCGACGAGGAAAUGGUGGCACAAAGUGGCGAAGGUGUCGAGACGGAAUUAAAGUACGUCCUAGCGUUAGCGAACUAUUCAGUCGAGGAAGACUUGGUGGAUCAGCAAAAGUACUUGCACGAGUUUCUGCGAUUUAUGAAUGAACAAAAGCGGCAGAGAACUGGAAGCGCUCAUGAUUUUGCUCGGGCGCUGAGCCCAGCUUUACGCACGCUCGUGCCUCAGGCUUCAAAGUCGCACGCAGAUUCAGUUGGUCUGGUGGACAGAGUCUCGUGGUGUUUACAGGAGAUUUUGAAAGAGAGGGGACAGUCGGACAAGUAUCUCGUGAUAAGCUUAAGUGAUGUCGUGGCCUCCGUCGCCGCCGCGAAUAUGGAUGCGUUCGUCGCCGCACCGCGGGACGGAGGCCUGAACAUCAUCACUAAUUUGCGGCGUGACUUUCAGAGAAAGAAAAUGCCGUUGUCACAACGACUGUGCAGUGUGCUCGACGACGUCGACAAUCGCGUGAAAUCGCUCGCGCAAGCGGCGAGCCCAGAAUUGAUCACCAUAAAGGCCCGAAAUCUUAUUGAGACGUUACACAAGUUGCUGGAAAGUAAUCUAGACCAAGUAGCGUCGCGUACGAUCGCGCGAAAGUACAUUGAUCGAGAGGAAAGUGAAGAGCUUGCGAUGAAGUCUAUGGUGAAGACUUCGUGCGAUUGGUGCAUGGAUGUUUCGGAAGACGAGGCAAUGAAGCGUCGCACAGCGGUACGAAUCUUUUUCGUCGAACUCGCGGAAACUUCUUCUAGAUUAAAUAUAUACGUGUUUGACUGGAUCAAAGAAAGAACCAUGAUAGUAGCGCGUGAAGAUUACACCAAGUGCAUCUCAGAACUGCUGAUUGAGUUGCUGUGGGGCAAAGUCGUGGACCUUUCUCAGUUGUUGAAUUUCAUUAUGGUGGAGGGUAUCGUCGAGCACAAAGAUUCAGGCGCGUCGCAGAAAUCGCUCGCGGCGUUUCGCGAAUACAUGAGCCAGAUCGUGCGAAACAAUGACGAGCGAGAGUCCAAACUGGACGACUCGAUGGUGCGCACUCUGAAACAACUCCUCGAAUCGGCGAAUGAAAUGUCAGACGCCACAAUAUCGAGGGCGCUCACCCCGCCUCACUCUACGGCAGAUGUGUCAAAGCAUUUUGAAAUCUCUACAGACGAGGAAAAGCGACUGCUUGAAUUGUUUCACGCGGUCACCUACGCUGAUUUGCUUUCCAAGCUGGAGGAAUUGAAGUGUGUGCACGAUGAAUUCAAAUGUUCGCGAGAUGCGCACUCAGUCUUUUCGCGAGUUGUUGUCGGUGCGCUAGUGCUAAAGCCCUCUCGAGUCAGAUUACUUGCCGAACUCGUGGGUGGAAUAGGCGACGACGUCACAACGGAUGUCCUUUCGUACGUCGGUGGCAGAGUUUGCGAUGAUGCGAAUGUUGACGGCGUACUUCAAGGUGCUUACUGGGAUGACUCAAACGCUGCGCGUCGAUGGGAAAUCGCUCAGAGCCUUGUCGAAUUUCGGCUAUGUUUACUACAUAAUAUCGUCAAACGCAAGCGUGACGCGGCGAUAGGAAUCGUCAAGGGUGCGAUUCAACAGCUCAAAGAAUUGGCUCUGUCGACGCGAGACGUUUCGCACAAACUACUCCUCAUUUGGGUGCAGAUUCUAACACUCAUCCCGUUGAUUGGUUACGUGCUCAUGUCCAAUGAACUCAAAGAUGAUUUUUUGCAGCUCAUUGUCGAAGUCCUCGACUCAUUUAUCGGUAAAACGAUCGUCGAGGAGUCUGAGGAAGAUUUGGUAGCCGAAUCAUUUGCGGGCGAAUCGCUCGUGGACCGUCUCAUCGCUCUGUUCUCUGUCAUCUGGAGGAGCGAAGUGCCACAGUGGUUGCCAGCCAUCCCAAAACUACCGUUUUGGGACGUUUCGUCGAAGAUGGUUCCAAUGACGGAGUUCAUUGAUUCCAAAACCCUGGCCGGCGUCGUCUGCGUGCGCCUGAAGCGGGCCAUUGGAGGACCAGCGCGCGGCAAGCUUGGCGAUGUGAACGCGUGGAAAACUUUAGCGAGUGGAGCGUCUACGCUCAGCGCAAGAUCGAAAAUCAGCGAGAAGGCCGAAUUUUGGCUACAAGGGACAGUGCGGCGCCCGGGAGGUAAUCUUGCGUGGGAGAACGUCAGUGCCGAACCAAACGCGGAUCAUUUGAAAUGA